AUGGCUGUGGUUUUUAACCUUCUCUCUCGUUGGAUUUGGGAUGGAAAAGGUCAUGAAACUCCCAAUUCAUCUCCGAGUUUUACGUACGAUUCCUACACGGGGUUUAGGGAGCCGGAUUCUUUGAAGAGUGCAGCGAAUAAGGGGCCUCGAAUCCGAUCAAGUUCGAGACGAACCGUGAAGAAGCGUCAUAACCGGGAGGAACGGCAGAUCGAUAAGGAGUACGACGCAGUCCUCGUGCCCUCGGAUGGGGGAUGCAUGUCCGGGACCGACUCCGAUGAUUCCGAUUGGUCGAUCGGGUGGUCGGAACCCCUUGACCCUGAGUUCCACUCUGAGAAAGAGGCUAAUGACAGCUUUGCCGUCUUGGUCCCAUGCUAUGGGCGUCGUCGUUUAGAGCAGGUGGUGAGCUCCAAGAAGCAUGUUUUGGGUUCUGUCGAUCUCAGGGACGCUGACCAUUACGAUGGCAAAAGGGACAUUGAACAGUGGCUUGCAGAACAAUUGUCAACAUGA